GUUCACACCCUGGCGGUCAAGUGCAGCACGAAAAUCACUGAAGCGCAGUUCAAAAUGAAGGCGUUCGUAGUACUGUCAGUGGCUUUGGCCAUUGCCUCUUGUGCGUCAGUUGACGACAAAUCCUCGAAGAAACAGAAACGGGGCCUGUGGGAACUGGGACACGAUUAUGGACAUUUCCAGCACGAUGGUUUCCCCCAUGAAAUGCAUCACUGGUCCAACGUGGAAAAACACGUUGCUGUGCCAUACCCAGUGGAGGUCGUGAAGAACGUCCAUGUUGAUCGUCCAUAUCCAGUCGAUCGACCAGUUCCGUACCCGGUUCACGUUGACCGUCCAGUAUAUAUCGAGAAAAGCGUACCAGUCCAUGUUGAUCGUCCAGUGCCUUACCCAGUGGAAGUUGAGAAAAAAGUUCAUGUAGAUCGUCCGGUUUAUAUUGAGAAGAAGGUUCCGGUGUACGUCGAGAAGAAAGUCCACAUCGAUCGUCCAUAUCCAGUGGAAGUCAAAGUUCCCGUUCACGUGGAUCGUCCCGUUCCAUAUCCAGUGGAGGUCGAGAAGAAAGUCCCUGUUCACGUUCCCUACCCAGUGGAAGUGAAAGUGCCGGUGUACGUCGAGAAGAAGGUUCACGUUGAUCGACCAUAUCCAGUUGAGGUCGAAAAGAAAGUUCCAGUCCACGUUGACCGCCCGGUCCCAUACCCAGUGGAGGUUGAGAAGAAGGUUAAAGUACCGGUGGACAGACCAGUUCCAUACCCAGUGGAAGUGAAGGUUCCCGUUUACAUCCACAAGAAGGUUCCAGUGCACGUCGAUCGUCCCGUUCCCUAUCCGGUUGAGGUUGAAAAGAAGGUCCCAGUGCACGUUGACCGUCCGGUGCCGUAUCCAGUUGAGGUCGUUAAGAAGGUCCCGGUUCAUGUAGACCGCCCCGUUCCUUAUCCGGUCGAGGUUCAGAAGAAGGAAUACGUCGAAGUGCCAAAACCGUACGCGGUUCAUGUCGAGAAACCCGUUCCGGUGUACUUUAACAAGCCAAUUGUUGUGCAGGAUCAGGAGCAGACGCACGAGAAGCAUUGGGACUGAUUUUGUGGGAU